CUCUCGUUUUGCCUAAAUUACCUUCAUGGCGUUUGAAGUCGUGCGAAAGCAUUGAAAGGCUCUUUACUGCGCCCCGUUUCUGCGUUCUCCCUCUCUUCCUUGUUGUGGGUUUCGUGUUGCUGUGUGUGUCUGAGUCGAGACGUUUAUCGGCACACCAGGCAGGUGUUUGAUGAAUCCAGUCAAUUCAUCCUUCGCUUGUAAAGUUGGGUCUCAGCGUCGUUUUGGCCCAGACCAGUCUCGACAGUCAGGAGCGAGUUUCAUCUGUUAUGCAUUCGACAUUUGAAUUCGACAAAAGCCCAUGUUCCGCAAGCAUUUCUUUUCUGCUGGAACUGGCAGCCUGUUCAACGCCUUAAACCAGCAGACUCGCUUAUUUUCUCGUGACCCUUUCCCUAGCAAGGUCUCGCACUACCUUUAUAAAGCCAGAGUUAUUGAUUCCAUCCGGCUUGCGCUUCAAUCGAAUUCCCAGAGUUCUCUUAUCACUCUCUUAAGUGACCGGCUCUUGGACUCGUUUGUAGUCACUCACGCUCUCCGUUCUGCUCCUUCUGCUGAUUCUGCACUCUCAGUUAUUGACAUUCUUAAAUCAAAUGCGAAUUUUAGUCACACGCAAGGUACCAUUUACGCCCUGGCCAACAUUUUGGCCAGAUCCGGUCGAAGAGAGGAACUUGACGCUUUGGUUGAUGCCAUCAACGCCAGGAGCUUUAAAAAUGUUCUGGUUAGCCAUAUGAACCUUAUGCAGUGGUUUGCAGCAAUUGGAGACCUCGACUCAGUUCUUGAUACUUGGGAUAAUUAUAGAGGGUUGGACAGACAUGUGUGCACAGAAUCGUAUAACAUAGUCAUGCGCCUAUAUGCAGAAAAGGGUGAAGAUUCCAGGGCUGUGGAGAUAUUUCAUCGGAUGAUUGUGGAAGGUGCAAACCCUAAUUCUAGGACAUAUACAACUAUUAUUGAGCACCUUGCGAAUUCUGGGAAGCUGGAUGCGGCCUUGGAGGUUUUCAGUGUUUUACCAUUGAUGAGAAUCAAGCGCACAACAAAACAGUUCUCAAUUUUGGCAGAGGGUCUUGUAAGUGUUCGAAGGUUUGAUGAGGUGAAAUUUUUACUCAGCAAUAUGGAAGCUGAAGGUAUGUUGCCUGUUCGAGCUCUGCUUUGCUCGCUGCAACAUAUGAAAGAGGGAGGAUAUAUUCGUGAGAAUGAUGAAAUUCUUUCUGACAUGUUGCCGGAUGAUAGAAUAAAAAGUGUCGAGUAUUUUGUAGAUGAUACAGAAGACGAUGAUGAUGAGGCUGAAGCCGAGGAGGAGGAUAACGUUGCUUGUGAUGUCAACAAGGUCAAUGGGGUCAGAUUGAAACCAUGGCUAGACCCUAGAGCUUUGGCAAAUGCCUUGCAGAGUUGGAGCCCCAAUGAUGUUUUGGAAUUGGAGAAUGCAAAGUUUGUUUGGACAACUCGCUUGGUUUGCAAAGUCCUUAGGAAUUUCAAAUCUCCAGGGGCAGCUUGGAACUUUUUCUGCUGGGUUGCUUGCCAACCAGGGUUUACUCAUGAUGUUUACACAGUGCAGAGAAUGAUGACCCUUUUAGCGUGACAUGGUCAUGUCCAAUUGGUAAAUCAGGUGAUGGAUAAAAUCAGACAGGAGGGACUAAAGCUUCCUUUCAGUACCAUUAAAUUGGUUAUCGACUUCUGUGGCGUUUCCAAAGAUCCUGAUGCUGCUUUGAAGAUUUUUCGUCACAAUCGAACUCUCUGUGGUUCUAUCUCAAAGUUUAAGCUGAUGGUUCUAUAUUCAUCAUUGUUACGAACAUUGACCAAGUGCGGUAGGUGCCCUGAUGCUCUUGAGGUGCUUGAUGAAAUGAUUUUAAAUGGCAUUUGCCCAGAUAUUCAAACUUUUUCUGGUUUGAUGGAUCAUUUUGCGAAGCAAGGAGACAUCAAGAACGUGCAGAAGAUCUUUGGAAUGGUUAGGCAGAGCGGUAUCGAGCCAGACACUUACAUGUUUAAGGUUUUGAUUCAUGGUUAUUGCAAGUGUGACAGAGCUGCUCUUGCUUUGAGGGUGUUCGAGGACAUGAGACACUCAAAACUACUUCCUGACUCUUCCACGAAGGAGUUGCUGGUGAAAAGUCUUUGGAAGGAAGGCAGGAGGAGAGAGGCUGCGAUGGUGGAAGAAAGUUGUGAGGAGAUAAAUGAAUCUCUUCCUAUUGCUUUACGUGGUCAUAUAUGGACUGUGAGCUCAGCCAACCUCACUCAAGUUUAUAACGUCUAUGCAAGUACUUUUACAUCAAGCUGUGAUCCAACAGCAAAUGGGGAGGGCUAGUAAUGUACUGUAUUAUCUGAAAACUGCAAUUGUUACUUCCGUUAGCCCCUUGACCAAGUUUAGUUCUGUCAAGUCCUAGCUGACUCACUUUAGUCUGUCACAUAAUGGGGGUGCAGAUGCAAGCAAAAUGUAAUCUAAUUUCUUUUUAAUUCAUUUUUUUUGCAGAUGCAAGCAUAAUGUAAUUUCAUUUCUUUCUAAUCAUAUUUUGUUUGAGGGAAACACCGAUGUCUGUCCUCCUGCAUAUUGCAGUUUGUAUCU